GCGAUGAAGAUAGGAAUGCAACUCACGCAGGACGUGUGAGGGAACGCGGGGAAGGACGCCGAAUUCUAGAAGCACGGGAGAGAGGAACGGUGUCACCACUUCUGCUUCUUUUCCACCUCGCGUUGCUCCGCCAUUCUUGCUUCUCGGCUCUUACCACUUCUGCUUGUUUUCCGAUUCUGAUGAGCGAGCGUUUCCGUAGUGAAGGAAGCAGCUUUCUUUGUCACGCAGGAACCGAACGCCCCUGAUUCGUGGCGGUCAUAGUUAGCGCCCGUCGGUCGUCAGGCACCAGCGCGCGCAUUAGUCGAAGCCGAGACUAAGUUACGCCACCGCAGACUCGCGUUCGGAUGAGCUAAUGUCGAUUAACGGAGGGUUAGUUAGACAGCUUUCUAGACUAGCGACAAAGCCUUUGAAGCGGCGGUGAUACUACCGAAGAGUGACAUUAUCGAGUAGUGAUACUAUCGCGAUGGAGAUGCUCGACAUGAUGUCGUACAAGCGCCUUCGUCCCGACCUCCUUCCGCCGCCGCCGCCGCCGCACCUUCCGGAAAAGCUGGGAGGGCUGUCACACGACGGGCUGUCGCACAACGGGCUGUCGCACGACGGGCUGUCGCACAACGGGUCGCAGCACAACGGGCAGCACCCGCUGCCGCCGGCACGUGUCACGCCCAGUGGAGUAGCAUCUACUGGCGCUUCGCAUUCGCCGCCCCCCCUCCCGACUGCACCGCAGACUCACUUGCUAUGUCCGCUCCCCCCGCGGUUACCCUCGGCAUCCCGCCCCCUCCGCGGCCCCUCUCCGCCCACUUCCGCACCCGCACAAGCCCCCGCUCACUCCUCCGCGCAUGCCGCCGCCCCGCGCAACCCCACCGCGUACGUUCCGCCGCACGCGCUUGCGCAGUUCCCCGCCGCCGAUACCUUCAUGGGCGAAAGCGUCCCGCUUUUCGCGCAAGGCCUGUGCACGCCGCUCCCCCCAUCAACAUCCCGGCGCUCCCCAGCGGCCGGCGCGGCGGGUCUCGCGGGCCGGCGCCGACUGCAGCGCGCAAACACCGCCGGCUCGUCGAUUCCUACAAGCGCCUCUCACGGCUGCGGACACGGCGGACUUCAGCCCGGCCUCAGCCCGUCAUCCUCUCCCGUGAUUGGCGGAAACCAAGCCGCGCUUUCCGGGAAUUCUGCCGGAAAUUUCGGCGGUUUCGGCGCGUUCGACUCGCCCUCCAAUAGCCCCUUCUCGGCGGCUCCCGCCGCUUCCGCCGUUUCAGCCGCUUCCGCUGCGUCCGUCCUACGACGAUGCUCCACCGCGGGACCAGAGAGAGAGCGGCCGCAGAUGCUCGCUCGUGAUUGGUCCGUCGGUAGCAGCAUCCAUAAUAUCACGUUCCCCGAAAACUACCCGCCAGAGCUUUUGCCGCAACCCCCUCCGCCCAUGAUGCUAGCGCGCGCGCGCGGGGAGGAUGCCGCGGCGUUGCGCCUACACGUUCCUCGCGACGCAGCAGUCCCUGCGGCCUCCGCCCCCCAGCCCGGCUCCGCGUCUCCCGCGGCUUCUGCUUCCGCCAUCUCCGCCGCGGCCCGCGCUCACUUCUUCGCCGCUCCCGCUGCGCCGCCUGCGCGAGUUGCGUCGCCUCCUGCCGCGCCGUUCCACAGAAAUAGCAGCAGCAGCAGUCAGAUUGAACCGGCUAAAUUUGCCGGCUUGAAGCGGCCGUCAGAUCUGCCGGCGACGGCAGUUUCUCCACGAGGACUCGUGCGGUUGCAACAGGAUGCCAGGCUGGCUCGUGACAAUAGUGGUGACGUUUCGGCUUUCCGCGGUAGUGACAAUAGCGCGGGAGAGUCGGAAGAAAUGCCCCCGUUAUUGGAACACGCAGAUGUGGCUUUAGCGACGCUUGUGAAUGGGUUGGAGGAGGGGGGUCGCAAAGGUGUUCUUGUAACGGACGAGGCGAUGAUGAGUAUGCAUGACCAGAACGGAGAUGUGACUAAAACGGGGCUUCUUGGCGGACCCUUCACAGGAGGAAGCUGGGAGGAAGGGGCGGCGGUUGGGGCUUGUAACGAAAAGAUGGACGACGCAGGCGAAAUGGGCGAAAUGGGCGAAUUGAAUACUUUCGAUCUGACGCAAAUGGAGGGUCUGGAUCUGCCGAUCGUCAUGUCCGAGGCGAAUCUAGAUGAGAUCUCGGGAAUCUCGUCCGCAGAUCUGCUUACAGAUCUUCCGCAAGAUCUGUUCGCGGAUCUCCCAUCAGAUGAACCUUUCGAUAUAGUCACGCUGUGCGACGAGGGAGUGGGUAUGGAGGGCUUGAGCGACAACGAUGCAGCUGCUGCUGCUGCAAGCGAGCAGGAUAUUACCGGUUCUCUAAACGAUGGUGCUUCUAAUGCAGCUGGUGAUACUAACGCGGAUGUUCCCAACGUGCAUGCUGCUCUUGUUACUAGCACUGGUGCAACAGCCGUUACGCGGCCAGCCUCUGUCGUUACCUCCUCCGCUUCCCCCCCGCCUCCGCCCCCCACGCCUGGAAACCCCCCAUUGCUCUCCUGCUCCUCCGUCUCCCCCACUCCGCUCCUCAAGCUUCCCCCUCUCCGCCUCCCCCAGGAGCCGCUCCGCGCAACCCCCUCCCCCAUUGGCGCAACUCCCUCCCCUGUUGGCGCAACCCCCUCCCCCAAUGGCGCUUUCCCCCUGGGGAAGUCUCCGCGUUGUCAGGUGCAGCGUGGGGAGAACAACAGGGGGGGGGGAGUGAGCGGGAGGGCGGAAUGGGAGAGGAGGUAGGAGUGGAGGGCGGGAGUGCAGCUUCAGGAGCCACAACAACAGCUAGUGCAUCAGCAGCAGCACCAUCACCACCAUCACCAGCAGAAGCAGCAGCAGCACCCAUAGCAGGGAAUAAGAGGGGCGCAGCAGC